UUUAUUAUUAUGUUUAUUAUUUAUAAGGUGAUCAAACUACAAUCGUUUUGUUGCCCAUUUUUUUUACAAUCCCAUUUUUAUAACGUAUUUGUUUGAAUAAAACAAUUGUUUAUGAUGUACAAGCAUCCCAUACUUACGAAAGUUCCAGGGGAUACUUCACGCGGUAGUGCAAAAGAAAAGCAAGGCUACAUUCACGAUAUCACAAAGCUUAGCAAAACCGAGCUGUUGGACCUAAAAGAGCGCCAGGAACUGCUGCUGAAAAACAAAGCAAGGAUAUCAAAACUUCCAGACAAAGGCGCUAGAAUUGAAAAAUUUUACAAGUUGAUCCUGCAGCAGCUGGACAGCCAUGAAAAUAUCGAGCGUGCUGCGGAGAUGUUCUCGGAGCUCAACAUAGCUGCCGUUGGGAAAUCAUCCAUGGCAAAGAUGGAAUGGAAUGGGAAGUAUAACGCCCGUCAUGGCGCCACCGAAGAUAUUGUUGAUAGUGACGAUGAAUUCGAUGACCAAAAUGUAGAUCCGUUGAAGGUUUUAGCCCAAAGCACUCAUCACCAAAAACGAAUCAUUGUUACCAAACCGGAACCAUCUUUGGUUACCAAACAAGACCUUGCAGAUAUCGAACAAAUGAAGCAAGAACGAUUGGAAAGUGCUGCUACUGAUGUUGUUGAAAUAGAUAUUAAAAAAUCUGCCAACAAGAUGAAUAGUUUCCUUAAGCAGAAGCAACCCGUCCAACAGAAAGAAACCGGCAAUGGAACAUUGCUAGAUGGACAUUCUAUUCUGCUGUGCAGAAAAGAAUCUAGUAUGGAACCGAAAGAAAAGUUCUUACCGCACAGAACAACCAAGUCAAAUGUGCAUGACCCAGAGAAAGAGAAGCUGCGGUUUCUAGGUCACUUGCAAAACUGGGAAAAUACUUCUGCAACCCCUCCGGCAAUCGCGCACUCACCGGCCAAGGUUCUCAGUCUUGAGGAGUCAAUUAAGCUGCAAGAGGAAAAAAAUAUUCUACUACAAAAGGCUCAAGAGCAGUAUGCAGAGGAACGACUGCAACGACGGCAGAAAAUCAAAGCGACAGUUAGAUCCACCAUAACGAAUGACGUUAUGCCGGGUUCGAGUCAAUUCACCACCUACCGCGACGUUUGGGAAAGUGAAGAAGAAUCGAAUGAAGAUGACGACGAAGGUAAUGGCGACUUUACGUUAGAUACGGAAGACAACUAAUAUUUUUCUGUGGUUACAAUAAAUCAGAUAAAAAACGCGAUUGCAUUCUACGGACAUAGUCUUUGGAGUGCAAAAUUUAUAGUAUUGUGUUUCUAGU